GAACAAUCUGCACUGCUGUCCUUUAUCCUCGGUCGACCUGUCCCUUCACCUCCAUACCGAACAUGUCCGAUAAUAUCCGAGUGUAAUACGUUUUACGCUUUACAUCGACUGCGAAGAGGAAUACGCCUUCACCUUCCUGUCUGUAUCUCUUCGCAAUGAUAACAUGAGAUAUGGGUACUGGAUGUAGCUCAGACCGGACGACUGCCCAGGAUGGGCAGUCUUUGAAAGCAAAAACAGUUCCAGCAAUGAAGGUUGUCAUUGUUGGUGAUCCAUCAGUGGGGAAGACCAACAUAUUCCUGCGCUAUAUGCGCAACCAGUUCAGUCCCCUCUACAUUCCCACACAGAGGGCUGUCAUUGAGAACCAUGUGAUGAAGGUGAACUUGCCGAGCCACGCUGUUGUGUCUCUGUCUCUGUGGGACAUUCCGGGGAGGGAGGACAUCGACCUCUACAAGUCCUACUUCAGAAACCUGGAUGCUGCCAUUGUGGUAGUCGAUGUGUCAGACCCGGAAUCCAUCAUGAUGGCCAAUGUAUGGAAACAGACUGUGGUCACAAACAUUGAGAAGACAAGACCGCUUGGUGAUGGCGAUGAGACACAGGAGGAGACUGGCACACUUGCUGUGGACCCUGUCAAGUUUCCUGUACUCCUCUUAGGAACAAAGUGUGACAUAGUGGAACAGAGAAUGAAGACAGAAGGCCAGAGCUUAUAUCCUCAAGGGAAGCGUUUGAAAGACACUGAUUUCAGCAAAUUAUCGACUGAUGAUGUGGAGAAGCCUGACAGGGGGACUGAGAGGCCGGCCUGUGUGGUGGAGCUGGAGAAGAUGGCGGAGGAUCACAACUUUGUGGGCAGUGUGAUGGUGUCAGCCCGUGACGGCGACGGCUCUGUCCACACCGCCAUCCAGAGCUUCAUCAGACACAUCCUGGAGGACCAGUUCUUAGAGCGGCGGUGGAAGUCUCGCACACAGACAGAGGAAGUUGCAGAUAAAGAUGAGAAGAAGAUCACUGGAAGGCUAAAAACUAUCGGCAUUGAACAGGUGGACAAGGCUUUUGGGGAGAAGGAACUUGUGAAAAUCUUUGACCGCAUUGACACCCUUAAAAAUCUCAACCACAAGUCUUUCAAGAAGGUUGUGUCCUUGUGUGAAGAUGUAGAGGUCAUAGGUCAAGGUGAAGGCAGUAUAGACAACUGCAUUGUGGGAUUGCGGAAAUACCUGGGUGAAACAGACUUCAAGUUGCAGCUGGUGGAGAAGGAAGGUGUUUCUCAGCUGCGAGUGAAGCGACUCAGCGAGGACACUCACAUGAGCAAAGCACUGAAAAACAUCCUCACAACAUUCAACAAGGAGUAUGCUGCCUCUGGUGCAGCCAUCCUGAAGGAGUUCCCUCCCUUGGCUGAGCGCUUGGAGCGAGUUGACCAGAAGGUGGCAGUAAUUGUAGCCAGCUACGAGGAGCCAGUCGAGCCUGGAGCCCCCACUUCCGGCAUCCGCGAGGAGCUGAAGUCCCGGUCAGCCAAGGUGGAGGAGAAUCGAGCCGUGUUGCAGCACUACCAGAGUCUGGCCUCUGAGUGUUGUCAGAAUGUCAACAAUAUGGUCACGAGAGCGAAAACAGCAUUUAUCUGGUGAAGUUGCAUCUUCGUCUUUGCUUUUUGGCAGAUCCAGCAUUAUUCAAAUCAAAACUUCAGUAGCAUUAGAAAUUGCAGAUGUUGACUUUUGUUUUUGAUGAAGGUACCAGGUCCUUUUGAUAUUAAUUAUGUUCAUUUUCAUAACUCGUGGGUUUCUAGGCAAGGACUGUAGUCUGUUUCAACUGUCUCUCUGUUCCAGUACAGUCUGUUUGUAAAAGGUAGGGAAGCUAAAGCACUAUGUACCGGGAUGAGAAUCUUCCAAGAAUUUCAGUGACCACAAUUUUUUUCAAAAUCUGAUGGCUUUCCCCAUAAACAGACCCAGAUUAAGGACCACGCUCCGUUGCAAAGAUGUCAAAAGAUGUGUGAAUAUACAUUCUUAUCCCUGUAUGUAGCAUCAGAUAAGUAUAAAAACAUUGCAUUUAUUCAGGAAUGCUCAUUUCUAUACACUGACUAUAAGUACAAUUACAUUUCCAGUUGUAUCUGUGAUAUAAGGGGUAACAGGCAUUACCAGUCAGUGUCCAUGUCUGUAGGAAGAAACAGUGCAUGAAAUAUGUUUACAAUAGUAAUGUCUCAGCCUGCUCAGUGCAGACAUUUUUGUAAAGAAACAUUGAUGAAGAAAUACUGCAUGAAUAAGGAUCGUGUUAUGUGAAGCUUUUAUCUAUGUGUUUUAUUCAUACACUUGCUUCACCAGCUUAUCCUGCACUAACAGAUCAAUCAUGCUUCAAACGUAACCUUGGCAAUAUCAUGUCAGCAUUAACACAAUCAAAGUAUUAUCAUUUUUCUUGUUGAAAUUUACACCAAAGAAAAAAAAUCACCCUUGCAACUUCGAUGGUUAAGGAUCGUGACAAUUGCUGUUACUUUCAGUUUUUACAGUGUGACAUUGAAGUCAUAAUUAGUUGUGUAUAUGUACUCUUUACAUGUGGUGUUUUGACUAAUUUAUGCAUUUACCAAGAAUCAAAGGCGUAUAUUUUAGCGACCUCAAUUACAUGUUUUGUAUCCAAAUAUUUGUUACUGUAUCAUUAAUAUCCAAUUUUUAUUUUCAUAUGUUUUAGCAUUUUUUUUUAUUUAGCUUGUCUUGCUUUUAUAGACACUUUUUUGUCAUUUCAUAACACAACGAUUCAUAAUUCAAAAUGAUUAUUUUUAUUUAUAUUUAUACAUUCUAGAUAUACAUGUUUAUAUUCAUGAAAUGAUUUGACAAAGGGGAGAACAAGGUAAAGUCACACAACUGGCAUAAGGCAAGAUGGUCAUUAGCUAUUGUAUGAAACAGUAAGACUUGUUCAACUUACAGUCUUGUGCAUACUAAAGGUUACCAUCAGUGGAUGUUUUAAUGAACAAAGCAUCACCUUGCUGAGGAACAUACUACCUGUCGUUCCUCAUGAUAAUGGGCCAUAACUGAAACUGUCACCUACAGGCUAUCUGUUUCUUGGAAUACAGACAUUGGCAGCUUUAAUUUAAGUCUUUGAUAAGCAUUUAGAAGUGAUACACAUAAGGUUGGUUGGUUGGGUUGUUGUUAAACGCCACACUCAGCAAUAUUCCAGCUAUAUGACGGCGGUCUGCAAAUAAUCGAGUCUGGACCGGACAAUCCAGUG